GAAAAAAUAAUAUAAAUAGGGCAUUUUCGGAGCAACAACUUACCUAUUCUGACUACAGCCAAUAAUUAUUUCAGAGUUUGUGGGGUUAUGUUCUCCAUUUCAUAUAACCAAUGUGGCGGGUAGUGUCACACUUUGCCUUUAGGUUAUGUUGUGUUUGACAUCACUGAGGAGUACCGAAACGCCACCCUGCCUCAGCUACACUCCCCCAUAAUUUUGGCUAAUCGUGUGGUAAAUUUCAUUUUCGUAAAUUGAAACUAGAGUUAAACUAUGGUAUAAGGUCGACUUAAAAAUAUCUUAAAUGUCAUGAAAAACAGUGUAGGAACUUUGAAUGUUUCAUCUUCAAAGCUUGCAUCUUUUAACUGUUAAAUGUUGGUGAUAAUGAGCAACAUGAAUUGAGUACACAUGUACGUAUGAUUUUCCUUGGAGCUAGUGCCCAUAGCCAACCUGGAAGAAGUAGGCGAUAAUUAGUUUUCUGAAGUGCUUAGUCAUCCUCUGCUGAAUGACCUCUGACAAGCCUGGUCUGACAUGAACUUGUUUUUUUAUGAAGAUGGCUGUCUUCUGGGUUGUUGCGCCGUGUAAUCUGGUAGAAGUUUAACGACGUUCCAGAGGUUCUUGCUGCCUCCAUCAUCAGGACGUUCAUGUUUGAUCCUUUCACUUCUAGUAGGAGGGGCGAGCAGUUGGUAGUUUUCUUUUACUGGUGAAGACAAUUCAGUGUAACAGGAUUAAAUAGUGUAGUGUUUGCGCACGUGUUUGGUUUUCACUGGCGACUGAAGACGAAUUACACCUCUACUUCCAAGUUUUGCAUCUGUGUACGUUGGGAAUUGGACGGGGAGAGAGAGAGGGGUUGUCGAUGUAAUGCUCCCCAACUCCUGCCUGCUGUUCGUGAAUAGACCGGCUCGGUGUCGUACGAAACGUGUACCAGUCCCUGCGCAAGUGAGGGUCGAGGGAUUUUGCAAGCGGUGACACCAAUCUGAUUUCCAAAAGAACAAAUGCGACUGGACGGAUAUUACCGGAUACAUCACGAAUUCAGGACUUCAUGCAGCACGCACAUGAUGAGUGGUGAGAUGUGGGACUUGUCGCUGCUAAGUGCCGUGGUUGUGGUGCUUCUGGUAUAUGUUUUGGUGGCCUGGCACAGGUACCAAAAGAGAAGGGCUCGUAUGGUUCGCCUCAUAGACAGGAUUCCAGGACCGCCAUCACUACCCUUAAUCGGGAAUACCAUCGAGUUGAACGUGGAACAUGACGAGCUGCUGGAGCGGUUGAUGGGGUCGACGAAGCUAUGGGGCAGACGCGUGGGUGUGAACCGCAUGUGGAACGGCACCAAGCCUUAUAUUACCGUCUUCCACCCGGACAGAGUCGAGCCAAUCCUCAGCAGUAAUAAGCAUAUAGACAAAAGCAAAGACUACUCCUAUUUGCACCCCUGGCUGGGAACUGGCCUUCUUACCAGUUCAGGCUCAAAAUGGCACAGCCGUCGAAAAAUCCUGACUCCUGCGUUUCACUUCAAGAUUUUGGAAGAUUUCAUCGAUGUAUUUCUAGAACAGAGUUCAAUCCUCGUAAAAAAGUUGGAACGUGAGAUCGGCAAUGAAGCUGGCUUCAACAUCUUCCCUUAUAUAACUCAUUGUGCGCUCGACGUCAUAUGUGAAACUGCCAUGGGUCGACAGGUGAACGCCCAGGGAGACAGUCAAUCAGAAUACGUGAAAGCUGUGUACGAAAUCGGUUCGAUAAUUCAAAAUCGUCAGUCCAAACUAUGGCUCCAGCCCGACUGGAUGUUCCGCUGGACACAUAUGUACAAAACCCACGAGAAAUGCAUCAAAAUUCUGCACGGAUUUUCAAACAAGGUAAUACAAGAGCGGAAGGAAGAAUUCGCCAAACUGCGGGAAAAGAACAAGAUGGCGUCGACAGUGUCGGACGAAGACACAAACACAUUUGGGCGUAAGAAACGUCUCGCCUUCUUGGAUCUUUUGAUAGAGGCUUCGCGAGAUGGUGCCGUACUAUCAAAUGAAGACAUUCGAGAAGAAGUGGAUACAUUUAUGUUCGAGGGCCACGAUACGACUUCUGCUGCCAUCUCUUGGGCUCUGUUCUUACUAGGUGGUCAACCUGACAUACAGACGAAAGUGAUCCAGGAAAUCGACGGGAUCCUUGGCCCGGGCGCAGAACAGGGCAUCACGAUGAAGGACUUGAACGAAAUGAAGUACUUGGAAUGCUGCAUAAAGGAAGCCCUGCGCCUGUACCCGAGCGUCCCAAUUAUUGCGCGUCAGAUAAACGAAGACAUCAACAUGGCGCAUUACACCGUACCUGCUGGAACCACGGCACUUAUUAUUACGUACAUGCUUCAUCGAAACCCAGAAUCAUUUCCACAACCAGAGCAAUUUAACCCAGAUCGAUUCUUGAAGGAGAAUGUGAUAGGCCGACAUCCUUAUGCGUACAUCCCUUUUAGUGCGGGCCCCAGAAAUUGCAUAGGUCAGAAAUUCGCAUUGCUUGAGGAAAAGGCUGUGAUCGCCUCAAUACUGAGAAAGUACCGAGUGGAAGCUGUGGACAGAAGAGAGAAUCUCACUCUUCUGGGAGAACUAAUCCUGAGACCGAAACACGGCCUGAGAAUCAAGAUCUUCCCAAGAUACGCUAAAUCUGAUACCGGGUUUCUGGGCGUAUUCCAAAAACAUUACAGGGCGCAACAACUCAGAAUAUUAUCUUUAUUUUUACGUUUUACUAAUGUACUGAAAAUAAAUGUUUUAAAAUACAUUUUUAAACAUUGACUAACUCCUUGGUGGGGGGUAAAGUAAAGGAAGUGUUUCGUAUUUUACGGAAACUGAAAGUUUAUUUGCCUUAACCAGACACAAGACCUCGCCACUGGUCCCUGUCCUGAGCCAAAUUCAUUUAAUCCACAUUCUCCCUCCGUUUUAAUAUUGUCCUUCCAUUUGCGCCUAGGUAUUCUGACUGAUCACUUCCUUUCAGGCUUCCCCAUCCACAUUUUGUAUUUAUUUCUUAUCUCCCCUAUGCGUUCUACACGCCCUACUCACAUCACAACAUCAUCCUUAAUUCGUUUAUCCUAAUAAUAUACAA